AUGGCAGCAGUUACACAAGCAGCAGCUUUGGCUGAGAGAGCCAUCGGUCACGGCGAUAACGCUGUCACUGCCCAGGACGUUACCAACCCUGGAAACGACAGAGAAAAGUAUGGCGACCCGAAUGUGACGAUGAAGGCCCUGGUCUGGCAAGGCAAGAACACCGUCAAGGUCAUCGAGUGUCCCAAGCCAAAGAUCAUCGAGCCUCGCGAUGUUAUCCUCAAGAUCACUGGCAGCACUGUUUGCGGUUCCGACCUGCACUUGCUGCACGGCUCAGUUGUCGAGCUGGAGAAGGGUGAUAUCCUCGGUCACGAGUUCUGUGGUGUCAUUGAUCAGGUUGGCUCCGAAAUCAAGAACCACAAGGUCGGUGAUCGUGUGGUCGCUUCCUUCCAGAUUGCUUGCGGAGACUGCAUGUACUGCCACAAGAAGCUGUCGUCGCAGUGCGAGAAGACCAACUCCAACACCAUAGAGAACGCCAUGUACGGUGGUCGCACCGCCGGCAUGUUCGGCUACUCCCACUUCACCGGUGGCUUCGCUGGCGGCCAGGCUGAAUACACUCGUGUACCCUAUGGAGACGUCAACCUGCUCCACCUCCCCGACGACGUUCCUGAUGAGAAGGGUCUUUACCUGUCUGAUGUUGUCAGCACCAGCUGGAACUGUGUUGUUGACACCGGAGUCAAGGAGGGUGAUGUCGUUGCCAUCUGGGGUGCUGGUCCCAUCGGUCAGAUGUGCAUUGACUUCUCAUACAUGAACGGUGCCAAACGUGUCAUUGUUAUCGACCAGAACUGGCGUCUCGACUACUGCAAGUCGAAGUACCCCAACAUCGAGACCAUCGAUUUUUCGAACCUACCCAAGGGCGAGACUGUUGUCAGCACUUUGAAGAAGAUGGAGCACGGUGGCCCCGACAUUGCCCUGGAGUGUGUCGCUGGAGAAUACCCCAAGGGCUGGGCGCACACUAUUGAGUUGAUGACUGGCCUGGAAACUGACACUUCCGAGAUCAUCAAUGAGAUGAUCGAGAGUGUCAAGAACUACGGUCGUUGCGGUAUCACCGGUGUUUACGUCGGCUACACCAACCACUUCAACAUCGGCUCCCUGAUGGAGCGCGGUAUCCGCUUGAUCGGCAACGGACAGGCACCCGUCCACCUCUACUGGGAGAAGCUUCUUAAGAUGAUUCAGGAAGGUAAGAUUGACCCUCUCAAGAUGGUCACUCACCGUGUCCGCAUGGAGGAUCUCGACAAGGUCUACUACAAGUUUGACAAGAAGGAGGAUGGCAUGCAAAAGGUCUAUGUCGAGACAAAAUUCUCGCAACCGGCUUGUGCUGGCAGCCCUGCCCUCACCACCUACUAA